UGUAAUUUUGGCUAAAAAAGUUGCAUAGUGGGCCUUUAAGAAAAGAAGCGGGCGUGAUCACACAGGCAGUUUUUUUCUCAGGUGCGAGUGGAUGUUUUACAUUAUCAUCCUAUGAUACAGAGUGUUUUUGUAAAAUCAUCCUGGGCGCUUUUAAAAAUACCGCUGCCAAUGGGUUUUUUCACUGCUCUUGGUGGUUUUCAAGUUGGGAAAAUUUCAUCUCGCCAAGAAAAAGCAACCCGAUGUCAGGCAGUUUUUUGACAGCUGACCAAUGAACGAGAACUUACGUCACUAGGAAAACCGUUGGAAAUUCAAGAAUGGCGACCCAAACCAAAAAGUCUUUCCCGAUGGAGCAACUGGUUGUCCUUGUAAGUGAACAUUUUGAGCUAUACGACAUGACCAACAAGUUGUACCAUAACAUCUAUCACAAGGAGAGUAUCUGGAGGACGAUCGGUGGGAUUUUGGGACAUAAGUGGGAGGAUUGCCGUGACAAAUGGAAAUACCUUAGAGGCAAGUACGGCAAAGAGAGAAAGGAAAUGAAGGAGAGGAAGAGUGGAUCGGAGGGAGGCCAUAAGCACCAUUGGAAAUAUGUCAACUUAUUAUCUUUCCUGGAGCCUCAUGUACAGGAAAGGCUCACUGUUAGUAACUUCGACCAGCCAAGCCAGACAGCAGAGAGCAUUCUGAAUGCAAUGUGUGAAAACAAUGAGACUACACUGGAUGACACAAUGAUUAGUCAACCAUGUCCUGGGCCUGGUUCUUCAAAUGGCAGUUCAUCUAGGCCCCCACCUCAUUCAUCUAGGAUCCCACCCUCUCCAUCUCCACCCCCACAACCACCUCAACAACAACAGCAGCAAGAAUUGGGGCCCAUGAGAGUUCAAAGAGGGAGGAAGAGGCAGGCCACUGCAACCAUAACCCCAUACCAGCAACAGGUCCUCAGUGCCAUUGCUAAAGAGGAGAAUGAGCAUGAGCGUUUCCUUCUCAGCUUUGCACCCACACUGGCAAGGUUGGAGCCUCGCAAACAGACAUUGCUAAAGUGUCGAAUGCAGUCACUGUUUUUUUAUAUUGAAUUUGGAGAAGAAUGAAUGAAAUUAUUAAAUUAAAUUAUUACAUUGAAACACCGACAUCUGCUUUGUACCUCUUUCUUUACAUUAGAUAUUCUGAUGGAGAUUUAACAUUUUAUCUUGUUUUAUCACUACAAUACCCACUUUGAUAUACAUAGGAGCCACACAAUUUAUAUUAGGUAUACAACAUUUAUUUAAACUUAUGUCAGCUUUAUCGUCCAUGGGUGUGGUACUGCUUCCAAGAUUCUGAGAAAACUUCAACUCCACCACAUCAUCUGGUGUUUUCUAGUGAUGAAUUGGAAUAGCUUUUAAGCAGAAGCUUUGGGUAGCUCUUAAAAGAGCUGUUGGUUUUGUUGGUUCUUGUAAGGCCUAGAUGUUAUCCUGCCAGGGAACUCGUCCAGCUUCAGACAUGAAGUACUGAGCCAACUUCUCCCUCACUGCUACAACAUCUCUGCCAGCAUUGUUGGUGCCAAGGCGAGGUGCGUUCUGGAGACCUUGUGAUGGCUCAGCUGUGGAUGUUCCAGUAGAUGACCUACCAGGUAUUGUAGUGCUGGCAUCCCACCACAGAAAGUUAUGCAGCAUGCAGGUGGCCUUUACCACGUUCUCUGCCACUUCUGGAGAGAAUCACAGCACCCGACGGUACACUCACCAUUGGGAUGCCAGUAUGUCAAACGCACACUCGACCAUUCUGCGCACGUGAGAGAGACGGGUGUUAAAUGGGUAUGGGCGCAUGAUGUUACGGCGCAAGGGGAAGGCUUCGUCGGCCAGAAACACAUGAGGCAUCGGGCCAAGAUGUUCUGGCCCUGGGAGGAUGGAGUCAUCCGGGAUACCCAAUGUGUUCUGCCGCAAGCAUGCAUACACCUGUUGAUCUUGAUUGUAGCCGUUAGCAGUUAGAUAGCAGUUUCUAUUUCAUUUGCAGGCCUGACAGUCAGGUAGGUAAUGCUAGCAGUCCACAUCCUGUCCAGCAAGCGGCGCUAUACAUAUAAAAUAGGCCUACGUAUGCUGAAAAAGUAAGAACAAGCUCUGCAACACCAAAGAGUAUGGGAGGCAAGACAACAUAGCUUACAUUAGACCUGUUGCUAGGUAACCUACUACCUGCUUGUUACUAGCAGUAAAAUAAACUACGAGACAUACGUCUGAUUUCAUAGGCCUUUUUAUAAAUAUAUUUGCGGAUUUACCUUAAACAAAUUUUGAGUCGUUCCUCUAGAGACUGAUGGCUUGCCUCAUGUGGGUGUCUUGCUUUAUUAUUGAAGGCGCAACGAUGCGCAAAAGUGAUUCAAAUUGACUCUUGUCGAGUCUGAAAUACGCACUGAACCGUACAUUAUCAAACCGUAGCUCUUGAAUCAAACUAUGAAACGCACCGUACUGCUGCCGUCCCCGGUUUAUAUCAUGCACCCACAAACGGGAAGGUUCGUCGUUAUCCUCGUCGUUGGCAUCUGACGCCAAAACAAGGACUAAUUCUCUCAUCCUCGACAUUGGAACUAGUUGACACUGAUUCAAGUAGCGUAGUCAAACCACUUUGAUACGGUAACCGAUUUGCAACGUAAAUGUGCUCUAGAAAAGUGAGGCAGCUACAGGCUUUAUAAAUAGGCAGUGGCUAUUCGUACGAGAAGCCCCUGGCUGCAGCCCGCAGACGGAGCCCACAUGGAGGGGGUGGCACUCAGUCCACAUGGAGGGGGCGGGUAUCUCCGCCCACAUGGAGGGGGCGGG